ACUUCCACCACUUCCACAUGUCGCUUGCUUGCAUCACCCUAACCUAUACAAUUUUUAAAGAAAACGCCGAUUUUUUUUUAUACAAUACAAUCUGGUCUAUUUUUUAAAGAAAACUUGUGUCAUUUUUAUUGUAAAAAUAAUAAAUAAUAGUUUAUAAUUAUGUCUUUGAAACUCAUUGCAAAGUGUAGUGAUCCACCGUUAGGUGCUUUGAUAGUUAGUGAGAUUGUUUCUUUGGAAAAGAAAGUUAAAAUUGAUGUAAAUUGGACGGAUGAUUGGAAAGGAUCUGGAAAUGUACAAUUAUUUGAUAAAGAAGGAUGUUUAGUUGGAGAAACUGACAAUGAUGUUGCUCGCUAUUUAGCGAGAACAGUAGAUUUUAAUUUGUAUGGAAAUGAUGAUCCAUUGGAUAGAACUGAAGUAGAUCAUUGGCUUUCAUUUGCAAUUGGACCACUUCGUGGAACUCAAAAGUUAAAUGAAUCUCUGGAUUAUUUGGAUAAUUUGCUAAUGCCAAGAACAUGGUUGGCUGCAAAACGAUUGACAAUUGCUGAUAUUUGUGUAUUUUCUGCUCUUUCAUUGGAAGAGGAAUUAGUUUCAAGUGGAAAAUAUCCAAAUAUUGCGAGAUGGUAUAAACAUAUUCUUUCUCUUUCUGCUUCUAAGACAGCAAUGGAGAUGGUUGCAAAAAAUAGAAAAACUUCUGCUACAAAAGUUGUUAGUAAGCCCCGUGGAAAACCAAGUGAAAAGGAAAAUAAAGGACAACAGAAUUCCAAUGCGAGAAAACAGGAGGGUAAAUUUAUUGAACUUCCUGGCGCUGAGAUGGGAAAAGUCGUGGUUCGAUUUCCACCCGAAGCCAGUGGAUAUUUACACAUUGGCCACGCAAAAGCUGCGCUUUUAAAUCAAUAUUACGCUGAAAAUUUCAAGGGUCAAUUAAUUAUGCGUUUCGACGAUACAAAUCCAGCAAAAGAAAAUGUUGAAUUUGAAAAGGCAAUUCUUGAAGAUUUAAAAAUGCUUCGAAUACAGCCCGAUCGUUUCACUCACACAUCGGAUUAUUUUGACCUUAUGCUGAAAUAUUGUGAUCAACUGUUGAAGGAAAAUAAGGCAUUCGUUGAUAAUACUCCUGCUCAGGAAAUGAAAGAUCAACGUGAACAAAAAUUACCAUCGACUAACAGAGAUAAUUCGGUUGAGAAAAACAUGAAGUUAUGGGAGGAGAUGAAGAAAGGCACAGCUAAAGGUUUAGAAUGCUGCGUAAGAGCGAAAAUCGAUUAUCAAUCUGCAAAUGGUUGUUUACGGGAUCCAACAAUCUACAGAUGUAAACCAGAGUCACAUCCACGUACCGGCAAUAAAUACAAGGUUUAUCCUACCUACGAUUUCGCCUGUCCAAUUGUCGAUGCUGUUGAGAAUGUCACACAUACAUUACGCACAACUGAAUAUCACGAUCGCGACGAUCAAUUCUAUUGGUUUAUUGAGGCACUGGGUUUAGAUCGUCCUUACAUUUGGUCUUAUUCGCGACUUAAUAUGACAAACACCGUUUUGUCGAAGAGAAAAUUAACCUGGUUUGUCGCUGAGGGUUUAGUUGAUGGCUGGGACGAUCCUCGAUUUCCAACAGUUCGCGGUAUUCUCCGUCGGGGAAUGACAGUCGAUGGCUUGAAACAAUUUAUCAUUGCACAAGGAAGCUCGAGAUCUGUUGUUUUUAUGGAAUGGGACAAAAUAUGGUCGUUCAAUAAAAAAGUUCUCGAUCCCAUUGCCGUCAGAUAUACCGCAUUAAAUGCUGGUGAGCUUGUAAAAGUGACUGUGAAUGGUGCUAAAAAUGAAUCUAUAACUGUUCAAAAUCAUCCAAAGGACCCGUCGAUUGGCACAAAACAAGUUCGAGUUGGUCCAAAUGUUCUUAUUGAAAAAGUUGACGCCGAAACAUUAGUAGAGGGACAAAAUGCGACGUUCAUCAACUGGGGUAAUCUUUUGAUAAAAAAAGUGAAAAAAGAAAAUGGAGUCGUUGUGGGUGUUGAAGCAGCACUCAAUUUGGAAAAUAAAGACUUCAAAAAUACGGUGAAACUUACUUGGAUUGCACAAGAUUCUGCUAAAAGUGGUAGUCAAUUCGAUUCAAGUUUAGUGCCAUGCUACGCUGUUUAUUUCGAUCAUAUCAUCAGUAAACCCGUCUUGGGCAAGGAUGAGGACUUUAAAAAUUAUAUUGCCAAGGAUACAAGGAAAGAAGUUGAGAUGAUGGGAGAAACUGAGAUGAAGAGGAUAAAGCAAGGAGAAAUUAUUCAAAUUCAAAGGAAAGGAUUUUUCCGUUGUGAUGUUCCAUAUUCACCAAUUAACGCCCACUCAUCUCGUGAACAACCUUUAAUUUUAUUCCAUGUUCCCGAUGGACACACAACAACUCCAAUUACUCAAACUACAAAUAAUCAAAGCGAAAAAAAUACUCAACCCACCAAGCAAAAGAAUAAUGAUCUGGUUGAAAAGCAGAAUGAGAAAAUUGUCAACCAAGGAAAUAAGGUGCGCGAUUUGAAAGUUGCGAAAGCCGAUAAAGGAACAAUUGAAGCUGAAGUGAAGAUACUAUUGAGUCUAAAAGCCGAAUACAAAUCACUUACUGGAGUUGACUGGAAACCUGGUGCGAUCGUCAAGGCAGAAGAAAAAAAUCCACAAGCGACAGCAUCAAAAAUGUCGAAUUCAAAUGCCAAUGAUCUAUUUGCUCAAAUACAGGAGCAAGAGAACAAAAUCGACGAGGAAGCAAAGAAACUCUCGAUAUUGAAAGCUCAAUAUAAACAAGCAACCGGACAAGAUUGGAAGACGGGUGCAAUUUUAAGUCAAGCUAAAAAUGAGACCAAAUCGGCUCAAUCAAUUUCGAAUGAUAUUGUCAAACAGGGAGACAAGGUUAGAGAAUUAAAAAGUCAAAAAGCUGACAAGGGGAAAAUCGAUCAAGAAGUCAAGGAGCUUUUGAGACUGAAGGUUGAGUAUAAAUCGGUGACGGGAGAAGAAUGGAAACCUAGUGCGGCUCCAGCGGUAAAAGCUCCGGUUAAUAAUGCUGAAGGUCUUUCGAGUCAAAUCGCAAAGCAAGGAGACAAGGUUCGAGACCUAAAGACCAAAAAAGCUGACAAGGCGGCAAUUGAUCAGGAAGUGAAAGAACUUUUGCGACUGAAAGGCGAAUACAAAUCGGCAACGGGCGCAGAAUGGAAACCUGGUGCAGCUCCAGCGGUAAAAGCUCCGGUUAAUAAUGCCGAAGCUCUUUCGAAUCAAGUAGCCAAGCAAGGAGACAAAGUUCGAGACUUAAAGACCAAAAAAGCCGAGAAAGCGACAAUUGAUCAGGAAGUAAAGGAACUUUUGCGACUGAAAGCUGAAUAUAAAUCGGCAACGGGCGAAGAAUGGAAACCUGGUGCGGCUCCAGCGGCAAAAGCUCCGGUUAAUAAUGCCGAAGGUCUUUCGAGUCAAAUUGCAAAGCAAGGAGACAAGGUUCGAGACCUAAAAACGAAAAAAGCUGACAAGGCGGCAAUUGAUCAGGAAGUGAAAGAACUUUUGCGACUGAAAGGCGAAUACAAAUCGGCAACGGGCGCAGAAUGGAAACCUUCACCAACCCCACAAGUUAACAAUAACUCCAAAGUAAACGAAAUUUCCCAAAAAAUCACCCAACAAGGUGACAAAGUCCGACAAUUAAAGACAAAUAAAGCAGAAAAGAAUGUUAUCGAUCAGGAAGUGAAAACUCUUCUCAGUCUGAAAGAAGAAUACAAAUCACUCGCCGGUCACGAUUGGAAACCAUCAGCAGCACAAAGUGAUAAAAAACCAGAAAAAACGAAAGUCUCGAAAUCGAACGAAAAAUCACAAAAGAAAUCCGAGAAAGAUGAGAAGGUAAAGGAGGACACAAAAACAGGAACACGAUUAGGACUCGAGGCGAAGAAAAAUGAAAAUCUUCCCGAUUGGUAUUCACAGGUGAUCACCAAGAGUGAAAUGAUUGAAUACUACAAUGUCUCCGGUUGUUACGUUCUUCGUCCUUGGAGUUUCUCCAUUUGGGAGGUAAUCAAGGAUUAUAUUGAUUGUGAGAUCAAAAAAUUGGGAGUGGAAAAUUGCUAUUUUCCAAUUUUCGUAAGUCAAGCUGCAUUGGAGCGGGAGAAAACGCAUAUUGCUGAUUUUGCACCGGAAGUUGCAUGGGUGACGAAGAGCGGAAGUUCUGAUCUUGCCGAGCCAAUUGCUAUUCGUCCAACUUCAGAGACUGUUAUGUAUCCUGCUUAUGCAAAAUGGCUCGCAUCUCACAGGGAUCUGCCACUGAGGCUCAAUCAGUGGAAUAAUGUUGUGAGGUGGGAAUUCAAGCAUCCGCAACCAUUUUUGCGAACGAGGGAAUUCCUUUGGCAAGAGGGUCACACUGCAUUUGCAACGAAAGCCGAAGCUGACGAGGAAGUAAUGACAAUUUUGGAUAUUUACAGAAGUGUCUAUGAGGAUUUAUUGGCAAUUCCAGUGGUGAGAGGUCGUAAAACGGAAAAGGAAAAAUUCGCCGGCGGUGAUUACACAACGACAGUCGAGGCUUUUAUCUCCGCUAGUGGAAGAGCAAUUCAGGGUGCAACCAGUCAUCAUCUUGGUCAGAAUUUCUCCAAAAUGUUUGACAUUCAAGUCGAGGGUGCUGAGGAGGGUGGAGAAAAGACUUUCGUUUACCAAAAUUCCUGGGGCUUAACGACUCGUACAAUCGGAGUCAUGGUCAUGGUUCACGCCGAUGACAAGGGACUUGUUCUGCCACCGCGUGUUGCUUGCAUUCAAGCGAUUAUUGUGCCUUGUGGAAUAACAGCAUCAACAACACAGGAGCAAAGAAAAAAUCUUCUCGCUGAAUGUGAGAAAUUGGAGGCAGAAUUGAAAAAGACUGGUAAUUUGAGAAUAAAGGGCGACUACAAAGACAAUGUUAGUCCAGGAUGGAAAUUUAAUCAUUGGGAAUUGAAAGGCGUUCCAUUGAGAAUUGAAUUAGGUCCCAAGGAUUUGGAGAAGAAACAGGUGACACUUGUUAGACGUGAUACAGCCGAAAGAUUGACUAAAUCUAGAAGCGAUAUUUCAUCGGCUGUUAGUAAUUUACUUGAGGAAAUACACGUCGCUCUCUUUAACAAAGCUAAGGAAGAAUUGACGACACAUGUAAAGCAGGCGCAUGAAUGGACCGAUUUUUGCACUAAUCUUGAUAAGAAGAAUUUAAUUCUUGCACCAUUCUGCGGAGAAAUUUCCUGUGAGGAUAAUAUUAAAACAGACAGUGUCAGAGAGGAUACGAGUGAUGAACCUGGUGCACCUUCCAUGGGAGCAAAGAGUCUUUGCAUACCCUUCGAUCAACCUAAAAACGAUCUAAACAAAAUGAAAUGCAUCCACAAGAGUUGUCAAAAUAAACCUAAAUAUUACACUCUCUUUGGACGCAGUUAUUAAGAAAACCUUUAUUUAUACAUAUUUAAAUUAUUAUAUUUCUGCGAUAGUAGAAGGUUCUUUAGGGCAUCGACUUUAAUUUUUUAUUUGUAAGUAAAGUCGAAUAAAAGACUUGAUAUUUUA